AUGUAUUACUUGGAAUACGAGCCAGACACAAUGGCUCCCUUCCUAAGGGGUUUAAUCCGACGCUUUUUAGCUAGCAGAAUCAGCAGUCCAAGCACUUCACCUCAUCCCCGUACAUCAUCAUCGUACACCUAUUUGCAGGCUCUUGAUUCAACCAAGAAGUCGAAGUCCCAGGACGGCAAAGAAGUUGAAGCCUCUCAACCACCAGAAAGUCUCUGGCGGCAAUCGGUUCAUUCUUUCUACAAUUCAACGAGUUAA